AUGUGGAAUAUUUAUUUAAAACGUUUAUCAUAUAUAAUAUUUUCUCGACGAACAUUAACAACAAAUAAUAAUAAUAAUAAUAAUAAUACAAUUAUUGAUAAUGUUAUAAAACGUUUAUCAAUAAAUUAUAAAAAAGAAUUUGAACAAUUAAAAAUAAAUGAAAAUGAAAAUACAAUUGAAAGAAUUCAAUAUCUUAAAAUAAUAUUACAAAAAAUGAAAUUACAUGAAAAUAUUCUUCAAGAUAUUAAUGAAACAAAAAAACUUUCUAAUGAACAUAAUGAUGAUGAUAUUUCACAAAUGGCUAUGGAUGAAAUUAUUCGUUUACAAACAAAUUUAAAUAUAAUUGAUAAUGAAAUUAUAGAUCGUAUUUUACCAGAAGUAUCUGCUGAUAAUGAUGAUGCUGAACUUGAAGUUUCAGCUGGUGUUGGUGGUCAAGAAGCAAUGUUAUUUGCUAAAGAAUUAUUUCAAAUGUAUACAAAUUAUGCUAAUUUUCGAAAAUGGUCUUUUGAAAUAGUUGAAUAUGAUAAAACUGAUAUUGGUGGUCUUCGUCAAGGAAAAGCAUUUGUAAAUGGUUUAGAUGUAUUUAAAAGUUUAAAAUAUGAAUGUGGAGUACAUCGAGUACAACGUGUUCCACAAACAGAAAAAAGUGGACGAAUUCAUACAAGUACAGUUAUGGUUGCUGUUUUACCACAACCGAAAGAUAUUAAAAUCGAACUUCCUACUAGAGAUUUAUUAGCUGAACCUAUACGUGCAAGAGGUCCAGGUGGUCAACAUGUAAAUAAAAGUGAAUCAGGUUGUCGUUUAACACAUUUACCAACUGGUAUUGUUCUUGAACGACAAGAUGAACGUUUUUUUAAUUUAAAUAAAAAUCUUGCUAUUAAAGCAAUGAAAAAUAAACUUUAUCAAAUGCAAUAUGAUGAACAACAAGAACGAUUAUUUCAAACACGUAAACAACAAACUGGUAGUGGAAAUCGAAAUGAAAAAAUUCGAACAUAUAAUAUACCACAAAAUCGUAUAACAGAUGAACGUCUUAGUGAAAAUGUUCAUAAUGUUAGUGAAUUUCUUGAUGGAACUCAUUAUUUACAUAAUAUGAUUGAACAACUUAAACAACAAGAUAGAUUACAACGUUUAAUUGAAUUAACUAAUAAAACUUCAAAUUAA